AGCCUACAGGCAAUGUCCAGCGAAGGACAACUGGAUUAAGAGAUCCCAGGAAUAGAUGGGGAAAGGCACACAGAAGGAGAAAGUCCAGCCAGAGAAGCUGCUUAAAGGAGAUGCAGAGAAAGGAGCAAAGUCAGAUUAUGCCCCCAACACUGUUUUCAAAAAUCUCUCAGCCCGUAAAGCCAGAGCUGGAGUCACAUGCUUGAUCUGUAUCAUGACCAUCCUCAUCCUCACUCUGAUAGUAGCUCUGGCAGUGGUAAUGUCUCGUGUCCCCGAGUCUCUUCUUUCUGAGCCCUGCUGCCCGGACGGCUGGGUCGGGUACCGAGGGAAAUGUUACUAUUUCUCUGAAGGGGAAGGGAACUGGGAAUCCAGCCAGCACAACUGCUCUUCCCUCGGUGCCUCCCUGGCUGGGAUCGACACCUCACAGGACCUGGCUUUCCUGAUGCGCUAUAAGGGACGCACUUACCACUGGAUCGGCCUGCGGCGGGAAGAAAGCCAGCCCUGGAAAUGGGUGGAUGGGACAGAAUUCAACAACAUGUUUGAGGUGAGGGGAGGAGGAAGCUGCGCCUAUCUGAACGACGUCGCUGUCAUCUCCUCGAGGUGCCAGACAGAGAAGAACUGGGUCUGUAGCAAACCCAGCCUGCAUCUGAGGAAGGACCAGAAUGGGCUGGAACAGAAGAGGCCUUAAAACAGAAGAGGCCUUCGGCUUAUCCUCGCCGAAGGCAGCCGACAGACGUGUAUCCCGUGACCCUCACCGGGUUGCUUUCCCUGCUACACUCGCUGUGCUGUUGGGAUGUAAAUGACCAGGGCCGGUGUAAAGAUAUUUUGCUCCGUAGGCGAAACUUCCACCUUGCCCCCCCCCAUCCCGCUCCUGCCCAGGCUGC